UUUCGAUGACGACAAAUGUGUUGACACAUCCAGUAACAAUAUUCACCUGUACCACGAAAACGUCACCAUGGCAACUGGACACGCAUGCUUUCACGGCAAGGGGGCGAUCAAUAUACCACGAUUUUCCAACGCCUACCUUGGUAACGAACUAGAGGUGUCGGUUACGUUCAAGGCCGCCUCGGGGUCGGGCCCGGACCUCAGGGCCAUCGUGUAUAACGGUGACGACUGUGAACUAUUUGACCCGUCCAUAGUGAUUGCUGCCAGCGAUACGGAGCUGGAAUUUGUGCUUCGAAAUGAGUGCAACUACGCCAGCUUUGUGAGGACCUACAUUGACUCCAAGGAAUGGAUACGCGCAUCUUUUAGACUUCACAAAAAUCGGAUAUCAAUAUCAUUGAACGGCCUAGUAGUUUCAUCGAAAGUUUUCUAUGGAAGUGUCGCCGUCAGUCGGUGUGGGCUGAAACUAGGCUGGGGCAAAACGUUCCAAACGUUCUAUGGAUUUCUUGACUACGUUUCUGUGGAAUUGUGUAUUUGAUUGACAGAUUUCAAGGCAUUUACUCAACAGUUGACACAUUGGUCCAAUGCGGAAGGUAUCAUCGUCAUUGCCGGACAAUACAUAGCAAGAACAUAAUAUGUAACAUCGGGAGAGAUUAAUAUUGCUGAAAAUGUGUUUCAUUGACUCUUACGUUGUGAAAAUGAAUAUAAGGUUAUCCAGAAUGUAUGUAUGGGAUCUGGCACGAGUUGUCAUACCAUAUUUUAUUAAACGAUUUUUUUUAGUAAGCGAGCCUUUGGCGAGCAUACAAACGAAUUUCCUGGACGAGUUUAAUAAAACAUGGUAUGAUAUGACAACGAGUGUCAGAUCUUUUUUAUCACAUGCUUUUAAAUGCGCAAAUUAAAUAAAUAUUCACGUAAACAUGAUAAAUCCCGAAUGUUGUUUACAUUUCGUGACGUCAUUUGACGUUGCAACGUUAUUUCAGCAAAAUAACAAAAUGCGAUUGGUCAAUAAACGAAAACUAAGCCAAUGAAAACGCUUAAAAUGUAGUUUUACACAUGUGUAAUAUAACAAAAUAUGUAAUGGUUGUAUUACAUUGGAAACAGGGUAGGCGUAUAGCAUGUGAUAAAACAUAUUAUGUAGCAUAAGGAGAAAUUAUUAUUGCUGAAAAUGUGUUUCAUGGAUUCCUGUGUUGUGAACAUGAAUAUAAGAUUAUCCAGGAUUUAUAAUUACACAUCGAUUGACAAUGUUUGAUAUUUAGC